AUUUUCCUUUGCUCUAGCAACCGCCAAUUGUUAAUUCUGGACUUCGUGGACUUCAAUCAAUAUAUCCCCGCCGUAGGCCCACGCCCGAUGACAGCCGUGCGCUCCUUCCCGGUUCGGCAGUUCCUGGAUUGCUCGGCCCACCAUCAGCUGCCGAUUGGCCACCGUGAGCUUCCAUCCGGCGUCUUAAAAAGUUAUCCAGACACAAGAUAGUCAUGUUAUCAACACCUUCAAAGACAUCAAUGUCUGGUCACGAGCGCUUCCUCAUCUCGAUCUCCUAUUUUCACGCUUCUAGAUAAUUUCAGCCAAUGUGAUGGCUGUUGUAUGUCAAAACGGUUUCCAUCUGCCUUCCACAAGGGCUUCGAUGGAAUUUCACCAAUUCUAGGCGAGCGGGCCCCGUGGACUGUGGGGGGUUCUUUGUUACGUCACCCGCGCAGUGAUUCUCGACCUCUUUGCGCCUCGUAUUUCCAACCUUCCGGCGUCCCCCACAAACGGUGACGGUUUUGGUUUCAUGCAGCGGUCACAUGGAGAGCUCUAGGCGGGGUACAUGGUGCAUUCUACCGAUAUUCCAUCAGUUUCGUGACUUGACCUCAAUUCGAAAAUAUAACAGAACAACUGCAAGCUGUUGUAAUAUUUUGACUCUCCCACCUUGUGUCCAUUAUACAGUUCACAUAUCGUCAACCACUCUACCACCAUGUCGCCCGCUACCAUUCGCCUCGGCACAGCUUCUCCCAGCACACAAGCUAGCACUCCCGAAACCAUUGCUCAGCUGGAACAGAUCGCCCGUCGUGCCGCAUCGAAAAAGAUUGACAUUCUCCUGCUCCCGGAAGCUUACAUCGGAGGAUACCCUCGCGGAACGCACUUUGGCUGUGUCAUUGGCUCGCGCACAGCCGAGGGCAGAGAAGAAUAUCUCCGAUACUUCCAAAACGCCGUUGACUUGGGUGAUACCGUUGGUGAUGGAGCCGGUGCUGGGGAAGCAUGGAUCAAACGUGCCUUGCCGGGAGAUGCUGUCCCCGGGUCGAACGAGAACAGCAAGGAGCCUGCUGCGAACAAACGGGGUGAUGGCACCAGGGAACAACUCGAGAGAAUUGCUCGUGAAACCGGAGUAUUCAUUGUCACUGGCCUGAUAGAAAAGACCGGAGGGUCCAUGUAUUGCUCGGUUGUAUAUGUUUGCCCAAAGCAAGGAAUCAUCGGCAAGCGCAGAAAGGUCAUGCCUACCGGCACCGAACGCCUGGUAUGGGCUCAAGGCUCCCCAGCUACCCUCCGCGCAGUAAGCACCACCAUCCGCGGCGUCCGCAUCAACCUCGGCGCAGCCAUCUGCUGGGAGAACUACAUGCCUUUGGUUCGACAAUCCCUCUACAGCCAAAACAUCAACCUCUACCUCGCCCCCACCGCUGACGGGAGAGACACCUGGCUAUCCCUGAUGAGGACAGUAGCCAUCGAAGGCCGCUGUUUCGUCAUCUCCUCCAACAUGGCCGUCCCCCCUCCUUCCAUCCCUCAACAAAUUCCCAACAGCCACCCAGACUCCUCCUCCGCCAUCCUAACCGAAGAACCCGAUCACGAAAACCCCCACGACGACCACACCCCCAUCUUCUCCGACCACCACCCCUCCCCCUUCGCACCCAAACACCACAGCAACCGCCGGGCCUCAUGCCUAACAGAAGAAGGCUUUGAGAUCGCCCUCCCUCGUUCAAAAUCCCCCAGCACCCCCACCACCACCACAACCACACGCCGCGCCACCCCCUCCCCCACCCGCACAACCACCUCAACAGUAAACACCCUCUCCCCCUCCUCCAAGCGCAGAACCUCAGUCUUCGACAAAGACGGCAACGAGAUUGUGCUCUGCUGCAAAAAGCCUUCCCACGUUACCAACUCCCAAACCCAGCCUAUGGUCCCUCCCGCUCCCAAACUGACAAACUCCAGCAGCGGGGAAUGGGUCUCCCGGGGUGGAUCAAGCAUAAUCUCCCCCUUUGGAGAGGUCCUCUCCGGUCCCCAAUGGGAGGAUAACACCAGCCUCAUCUGCACCGACGUCGACUUUGAGGAUUGCAUCAGGGGACGCCUGGACCUGGACACGGCGGGAAGUUACUCGAGGAAUGAUUCGUUCGAGUUUGGGGUCAGGGGCUUGGAUUUGAGUCCUUUGCCCUAUUGAACUAACUAACCAACUUUUGGCACCAUAUAUAACAAACAGCCCCUGGGCUAAAUCCAUGAAAUCAAUAGGUUUUUGUGUAAUUGUAUUUUUUGACAGAGCUGGGGUAUCAUGGGUUUUUAUCUUUGUAUAAACUCAAGAAAUGAAGAAACGAACAAACAAGUCAACCCCGUCGAGUAGAAAAAAAAAUGCUUGCGCAAUCCUUGCUAUUUGUCUGUUUUAAUAAAAAGUCAUGAAAGAAACAAACCAGGAAUGGAUAUCGAUACUGUAACUGAAA